AAAAAAAUAAAAAUGCCAAAAAUUAAAUCAUAGACACACAAUCAACCAACAGCCUCUUCCUCCAACCACUUGAGCUUCAUUUAGGGGCUUUUCUCUUUGUCUUUUUGCGAGAACAAACAAAGGGAGACAUGUCCAGGCUUGUCAAGCCAUUUGAGUGUAGAGGUGGUGACUUGCAGAGUACACAUCUCCAAUUCACUUGUUGCAACAAUGAGGAGAAGAUUCACUGUAAAUGAAGCUUUGGAUCACAUCUUUGCUGCAAAUGAGGCAGAGGGCACACAGGAUUUUAGCGAUGGAGAUGAGCAGGCCUCUGAGAACGAAGAUGAUGUGGAGUACCAWRUGGAAGAAACAGACACAACUGAUCAGUCUGAAGAGGAGGUCACUGGUGCUGAAGCUGCUCCUGCUGAAUCAUUCCAAUCCAAACGUGGCAACAUCCGUUGGAGUACAGUUCCUCCUGAUGUGCAUGGAAGGACAGCUGUUGCAAACAUCAUCAAAAUGACCCCUGGGGUCACAAGGUUUGCUUUGACAAGAGUAAGUGACAUCAAGAUGUGCUUUGAUCUUUUUUUGCCAUUGUCACUAAAAACAGUCAUAAUUGCUAUGACAAACCUUGAGGGGAAAAAAGUCCAUGGCAACACGUGGAAAGACAUUGAUGAGAUGUACCUGGAUGCCUACAUUGGUGUUCUCCUCCUUGCUGGAGUUUACAGAUCGAGUAAUGAGGCAACUGAGAGUCUCUGGGAUGCAUCAACGGGCAGAAAUAUUUUCCGGGCAACAAUGUCUCUUCAGACCUUUCAGAUGAUCUCAAGAGUCC